UGUUGGAAGCAGCUCGCAGAGGGAAAAGAAAAAUAAGGGUAGGCUUUUGUGGCUUCGAGUUGGAAGAGCCAGAAGCCAGCGAGCCUUGGACGGAAGCGGAGUCGUCGUGGGAGUUGUACCUUCAGGCACAUAAGCAGCGAGCGGAGCAGCUUUUGGGAGCUCACUAGGAGGUGGAGGAGCUGCAAAAAGCAAGACAAAAAAAUGUGUGUACCCCAAAAGAAACUGUGAAAAUUGUGUGUGUUUGCUUACCGAAGAAGUCAAAGAAGUAUCAUCAAGGAGGAAAAGGUGGAGAAUGUAAGCGAGCGAGCAGGAGGAUUUGCAGAGGUCACACGAAAAUCUGGGAACCGCAAACCUGAGAGACUUCUAGGCCGGAAGUGACGAUCCACUUGCAGCAGCUGGAGCAGCAGUCAACCCCCAAAAAAACACAACCUACCCAUCCGUUCCCCGUCCCACAUAACCAAAGACAACCCCUAUUUCAUGAUUAUCGUGCUGCUACUGCUGUUCCAAUCGCUGUGCCUCUACUGCCAACGCCUGGUCCUCUACGUCCACGACCGAUGCUUCCCAAAGAACGUGCGCCUGCUCCAAGAGGUGGCCGAAACGGUGGGCGAUCGUAAGGCCGUCCAGCGCCUGGCCGAGCAGCAAUUGGAGCAACAGAAACGGAGCCAGAAGCGCCGCAUCCUUGAACCCAUCCUGCCACUCGUGGGGGGCCUCAACUCGGAGGCCUGUCGCUUCUGUGCCCACAGCCCGCAGGGCUAUUGUCGCCAUCACUUUCAUCUCCAGGAGCUGCAGUUGCACAAGCAGCGCUUCUCCUCUAGCGGAGAGCAGGAUUUCCGGCAAUUGAGACGGAUUAAGCGAGAGCUAAAGAGGAGUAUCGGGCAGCAGCAGCAGUAUCAUCAGCCAGUGAGGUGCUAUCGCCCAGUGAGAUUGGAUCCUAGCUGGAGCAGCAGUUCCCUGAGCAGUGGCUAUGCAUCGCUAAGCAGUUGUGGCACUCAGGAACAAGAGGAACUGCCAGAAUACCAGGAGGAGCAGGUUUUAGAAGAGGCACCACUUGACGAAGAGCUGCUGGAGCUGCCACAGGAAGCAGGAUCUAAUGAUUCACUGCUUCUAAACACUGACAUGUAGUCCAGCACAGGCACUACAACGAGAAGUAAAACCAAUUAGGAUCUUCAGAAAAGGAACUAUCAAAGGAAAACCUUCAGCUGUUAAAAGAUAACCUCAUUUCCAUGGUUUUCUCUGGCUAACUUAACCACUAGAGCAGCCAAAGGAGCAGCACGUUAAAAAGUAACCACCAC